AUGUCUACCAGCGCAACGUCCAACUCGUCCCUCUUGCUUCGACGCCAGCUACUCGAGCUGACCAAGAAACCUGUCGAGGGAUUCUCAGCUGGUCUCGUGGAUGAUACAAACAUCCUGGAAUGGGAGGUGAUCAUCAUGGGCCCACCCGAUACUCUCUACGAGGGCGGAAUUCUCAAGACAAGGUUGACAUUCCCGCCCGAGUUUCCUUUGAUGCCACCAAAGAUGAAGUUUAUCACCCCGAUGUGGCACCCAAAUAUCUAUCCCGAUGGAACCCUCUGCAUCUCAAUCCUUCAUGAUCCUGGAGAGGAUCAAUAUGGCUACGAAGACGCAGGCGAGCGAUGGCUCCCAGUCCACACGGUCGAGUCGAUCCUUGUCAGCGUCAUCUCCCUCUUGAGCUCUGAAAGGCCGAACCUCGACAGUCCGGCCAAUGUCGAUGCUGCCAAAGAGGUCCGCGAGAACUGGGAGGGCUACAAGAAAAAGGUUCGCCGUCUAGUACGCAGGAGCGCCGAGGAAGCAUGGGAUUAA